AUUUCAAACGUUGACUUUGGCGUGUUAAAUACUUAAUGUAAAUUAGAACGAACGUGUCAAUACUAAAACGCGACUAAGAUUAUUAAUUGACAUAGUUAAAAUAUGAUUGCUAGUGGGUGGAAAUGGAUCUACAGAAUCGUUUUACUAAUCAAAAAUUGUCAAUAUUGAAGACAAUAGGCAAAGGAACUUACGGAAAUGUGUACUUGUGCGAGAAUCAUGAAAACCAUUUAUUAACUAUUGUAAAAGAUAUUCAACUGAACGUCAAAAUACAACAACAUGAACAGGACAUCGCAAACGAAGUUAGAAUUUUAUCUACUAUGAAACAUCCCAACAUCAUUAGUUUCUACCAGUGCUUCUACGCCGAAGAUUACGUAAUGAUAUCAAUGGAAUACGCAACUUGUGGAAAUUUAGCCGAGUUCAUGUACCUUCGGUGCCCGCAAGUCAUCAAACAAGAGGAAAUUCUGUUCUACUUUUGCCAAAUACUCUUAGGCGUAAGUUACAUUCACAAUUUGGACAUCAUUCACCGAGAUUUGAAAGCAGAAAAUAUCUUACUGACUGGAAAAUAUGGUAUAAUAGUUAAAAUAGGCGACUUUGGAAUUUCAAAAAUGUUAGCAAGUGCCAAGAAGACUUCAACAGUCAUCGGAACACCUUACUACUUGGCGCCGGAACUAUGCGAAGGUCAACCUUAUGACACGAAAAGCGACAUUUGGGCGCUCGGCUGUUUGCUUUACGAAAUGUGUACACAUAAACGUGCUUUUGAAUCGGAGACUCUCGUCGGUCUAGUCAAAGCAAUCACAAGUGGUAGCGUCCACCCUAUCGACUUGUUUUUAUACGACAGAGGGAUGCAAGACCUUAUUGAUUCGAUGCUGUCAAUAUUGCCAAACAAAAGGCCGACCAUCAAAGAAGUUAUGGGAAAAGAAAUCAUUUUACCCGUUAUUUACACGGUUUAUUUGGACGCGGGUGACGACGAUUUAUUGAUUUUGAAAGCUAAAGAAUUUAUGUGAUAGUUUAAUGUUAAGGACAAAAUGAAAAAUUAAUAUAUUAUAAAGUAAUUUUAUUUGAAAAAAGAACGUGGCAUAGUUAAUAUAAAAGAAUGAAUGUCUUUAAUCAACUUUCGCCAUGAUUGAAACUGUAUUGUAUCUGUUCUUUUGAAGACUUGUGUAGUAUCUGUCUUCUUAGCCAAGUUUAGUAGUUUCAAGUUUCCUUUCAGCUUAAAAUAUAAAAGUAUAGUAAAACUC